ACUUGGCUUCCCGGGAUGUCGGUGGCCUUCGUACCAGACUGACUGUGAGGCAAGGCGCAAGUCAAUCAGGAGACCAUCCAGCGGCUCCUGGAGGAGAAUGACCAGCUGAUCCGCUGUAUCGUGGAGUAUCAGAACAAAGGCCGGGCGAACGAGUGCGUCCAGUACCAGCAUGUGCUACACAGAAAUCUCAUUUAUUUGGCUACCAUUGCAGAUGCCAACCCAACCAGUCCUUCAAAAGUGAUGGAAUGAUCUUCCAGGUGGCUGUUGUGAAGAGUAAUCGAAAGUAAUACAUUUCAUAUGAAACAGGCAGGAUCUUUACCAACUCCACUGCUGAAAACAUGAAGGAAAAUCUG